ACAUCCAUUUUCCGCCCUUUCAUAAUUUUACAUGCACAAGAAAGUUCUUCCUCGAGUUUCUCUCUCACCAAUCACUACUCAACUUGGUCACACAAGACAAUGGAGUUCCAAAUUUCAGACAACAAUGAGCUAAACCAACACCCAAUCUCAGACUUGGAAACAGAACUAGAAAGGAGCCUCGAUGGGCAAGUUCAAGACCCCCAUGAGCCCCAAGUUUUCCCUGAAGACUAUGACAGCACCUGCUCCACACCUUAUGUCAGCGCUCCUUCAAGCCCUGGCAGAGCGCCUGGACCCGGACCAGGAUCCAUCAAUGGUGGGUUCUUUUACAGUGCACCGGCUAGCCCUAUGCACUUUGCAAUGACCUCGGUGGCUUCCAUGGUGUCAUCGACCCAACCAUCUUCUCCUGAUAACUCAGUGCCUCUUGGUUUUGAGUUUGAGUUCUCUGCGAGAUUUGGGUCUUCAGGGUCAGGUCAAACGGGGUCCAUGAGCUCGGCGGAUGAACUUUUCUUGAAUGGACAGAUCAGGCCUAUGAAGCUGUCCACCCAUUUGGAAAGGCCUCAGGUUUUGGCUCCUUUGCUGGAUCUUGAACAUGAGGAUGAAGAGAAUGAAGAUAAUGUUGAUGGCAAAGUAAGAGGCAGAGAUCUGAGGCUGAGGGAUAAGUCUUUACGUAGGAGAACAAGAUCCAUGUCCCCUUUAAGAAAUGCUAGUUUUGCUCUCAACAUUGAUGACCAAAGCCUGUGCUUGGAUAAAGAUUUAGGCAAGAAAGCUGACGGCAAGAACGAUGAGGAGAUGUAUAAUGAAACGAGUGCUUCGAUGUCCGCUUCUUCUUCCAGGUCAUCUUCAGCUGGAAGAAGCUCAAAGAGAUGGGUUUUCCUGAAAGAUUUUCUGAGGAGCAAAAGUGAAGGGAGAAGCAACAAUAAGUUCUGGUCAACUAUUUCAUUCUCUCCAGCAAAAGAAAAGAAGCCUGGGAGCACAAGCAGCAGUGUGGUUCUGGAGUCUAAAGAGAAGCUAAGCAAUGCGUCAAGUGGGGGAUCAGAGAAUCAAAGAAGCCAUAAGAAUAAGCCUGUCAAUGGGAUAGGGAAGAGGAGGGUUCCACCAUCACCACAUGAGUUGCAUUACACAGCAAACAGAGCACAAGCUGAAGAAAUGAGGAAGAAGACCUUUUUGCCUUACAGACAAGGCCUGCUUGGGUGCUUGGGUUUUAGUUCAAAAGGUUAUGGUGCCAUGAAUGGCUUAGCUAGAGCUUUGAAUCCUGUUUCCUCCAGGUAAAUCCAGCUAAUUAGGGGUACGAAAGAAAUUGUAUAGAAUUUUUUUUUACCUUAGCUUUUCCAAUUAAGAAUUUUUAUGAAUCAUAAAUGUAUUUUACAGUUAGAUCUUCUCUUUUGUUUUAAAAAGAGAACAUGUUGAAAUUAUGAGGGCUAAUUAGUCUAGACCCAGUUCCCUUGUAUAACAUGUAAAACAAUAUAUAUCCAAUAUAUCCAUGUGUUCUGCA